AUGACACCCGUGGAAUCAGCCAAUGAUGCCCUGAAUGCCACCCUGGCUGAUGUGCAAUCACUCAUGAAGCGUUGCAUGAAGUUAAAGGAAGCCGAUCCGGAAACCUUCAGGCUCUCUGAUGAGAUCGCCCAGCGAGUGGCCAAAGACUUGAAACUUUACAUGGGGACCGCAACAUCAUUCUCUCCCCUGCUACUCUCCUGCGCCGCCAUUAUCUGGCAGUACUCGAAGGCUGGCACCUUUGAGAGUGUCCCCGAUUGGACCUCUACCGUGGGCUACCGCCUGCCCUCUCCCGCCGAGUUUCCUGCCAACUUGGAUCCUCAAGAUGCAGGAUCUGUGACCGCUGUCCUAUCAGCAACGGACCCCGUUAUGCCGUCUUCUGCACCGUCGGCUCUUCCAUCCAGACAAUCCCUCGACAAUCUGAUUGCUGCGACGGCGACAGAACCCGAGCCUGGAUCACCGGCACCAGACCCAACGGCUGCGGGUGUGCAAAAUCUGCCCCACCUCCCCGUCAAAUAUAAUCUCUUUGUGGUGGGCACUAAGAAGAAACCCAGAAAGGCAGCACCACAGCUCGGCAACAGCAACAAGAGGAAGGCCGACAAUGAAGAUUUGGAUGCGGCGGUUGUCACAGAUGGACCCAAGUUGCCUCCACCAUUUUCUAGGCCCAGACAGAAGAGAAAGAAGAAGUUUCAAUUGGCUGACAAGGACAAAGUUCACACCGGAACCAUCUUUGUAAAGUCCAAGGCAGCAUUGGACAAUGAUUCAGAUGCGGCUGGUCCGCACUCAUCCGAUGUGGCCGAUGACAAGAGUUUCCUCGAGGUAGAGACAAGGCCUGCCGAAUGGGGUCAGGAUUCUCAGAUCGCAAUGCUGUGGAAGCAUUCCAUUCGUUACCAUCCUCAGCAGUGCAACAAGUGCACGAAAUUGGACAUACACUGCGUUGUCCUUCUGGACAAAAAGUUCAGAUACACGCGACUUGCAUGCGCAAAUUGCGAUCAAAUGAAGAUCACCUGUGCGAUUGACGGCGUCGGUGUUAGGCAGAGAAUGCAAGCCAAGGCAGCCGCGGCCGUGGCUACAUCAAAGCCAGCCAGAAACUCCAGAAUGCGCAUUAAGAAGUCCUGCACAAUCUCCAAGGCCCCGGCUAAGAGAACACCUGCCAAACCCACUCGGGUUGAACUUGACAUAUCUGAAGAGGAGAAGCAACAGCCUGCGCCAGCCAACCACGCCGAUCCCGAGCCAACUGCAAGAGACAUCUUGCAGGGGAUCCAGGACCUCAGCAGGAGAUUGGAUCUCUUGGCAACCAAUGAGUGGGUGGACGCCUUGGAGAUAAGAGUUCAUUUGGUAGAAAAUACCCUCCACCAGCAGUUAGACGCACUGGAGCAAAGGCUCAAUGCCUCAGAUGCCUGGUAG